GGUACCAAAGUCAGCCAUGAUGGAUUAUCAAAAGGUACUAUCAGGGAAAUUUAUCAUUUUCAGUUCGUAGUUUUCAAUUGUUAGAGAGUUACUGGUGAUAUUAAUUGCCGUAUUUCUAGGUCCUCUACUUAUAACUGGUAAGGCUGUAGAGAGUUUUCGAUUUGUUAGCAACCCAAAUUCUGUUGUCUGUCGGUUCUGUUGAAAUAACAGCUUUACGUAAACUUUAACUUGGAGGUAAACUAAGCUCAAAUAGUUUUAAAGAGUAAUGCCAGGCUUCUACUGUAGAUAUGGUUUACAAGGAAAUCGUAGUUUUAAGAAACUAAUCGUGAUUGUUUUGUUAUUAUUCAGAACCAGAAGAUAAAGAAGCUUGAGGUAUAGCUUCCUGUCUCAGUGGGCUGCCACAGCGCUGCUCAAAAUUUGCAAACCGGAAAUUUUCCAAUUCUCUUCAUUUUUCGGGAACGGUCUACACUGUUAACAAUCAUCUGACAUCUUUUCUACGAAACAAGGAAGUUACCGUGAUUGAAAGGUUCAGUAUUAGAACCAUUGCAAUUGUUUCAUGAUUAACUUAAUAACGAAGUAAUAUAUUGUUUUGCCAGCAUUAGGUUACUAAUAAAACAAAGAAUUCUCUGCAAGGUUCAUUUAUCUAAGGUAACCGUCAAUUUCAAGGAUCUGAAUCCUCCCCCCCCCCCACCCCAGCUCACUCUCACCACACUCACACACACACUUAAAAUACCUACAUGCCCCUGGCAUUUGACCUAAGGUUACCUCUGUAUAGUUGGGUGAAUUUGACACAGAAAGAGUGCUACAUAUGUACAUGUAUGAAAUGAAGGCGGUGUUCACUGGUUUUACUUGUGUGACACUACUUUCAGAAAAUAAAUAUCUCCCCCUCUUCCAAAAAAGAUAAAAAAAAUUUAGGGGUGGGGAGGUUCAAAAAUAAUAAUUGUAAUGUAUGAAGCUACAUACUUUGGAAUUUGCACAGCAAAAGAGGAUCAUAGAACUAAGCCUUAUGUUGAUCUUAGUAUCAAUGGUAAUUAUUGGGACAUUUAAUUUUGUUGUCCUGACAGCCAGCAGUCAUAGUGAGAAAUUUGGCAAAAAUUGUUCAAGAAAGUAAAGUGCACAGGGUUGGUCUGGGAUGAGAGUUACAACUGGGGCUUUUUUUGUGGAAAUAUUGACUGAUACAUGUACAUGAAAUUACAAAAAAAAAAGAAAACAAACAACUGUGCGGCUUAGACAUAGCACAUUGUACAUCUUGGACAUCAGUUUUGUUGUUUUCAUUUAAUAUAUUAACUUGUUACUCCUUGUUACUUCGUCAGUGUGGAAUGGCAGAGAAAGAGGUCAAGGCAGGGUUUAGUCACAGCCAUAACUUAGAGCAGUAUGUUUUGCUUGCCAAGUCUGCGCGAGGAGCUGGACUUGUUGCCCUUAUAAAUCAAGCAUUAGAGGCUCCUGGAGUGUUUGUUUUUGGAGAACUUUUGGAAAUGCCUUCUGUGAAAGAGGUAUGCCAUAUGACAUUGCCUCCGAAAAUCUAUUAUGUAAAGGUAUAAUAUUAGUGACGGGAUGUUAAAGUGCGAGUUCUGUAACUGGAGCCACCUAGACAUAGUUGACCAAUCAGACUCCCCGACAGUGUGUUAAAUGGGUCAUUCAAAAAAUUAAUAGCAAACAGUCGCUAAUUUAUCGUCUUGGUGAUGUCUACUAUAACAGGAGUUGACUGAUUAUGAAACAAAAUUUAUGUUGUAGACGUUUUGUAUGGUAAUAAGUACAUACAUGUAUUUUCAUUUAUGGUAUUAGUUGGAGAAUUCAGAAAAUGCAGCAUACUGGAAACUUUUAAACAUCUUUGCAUUUGGAACAUAUGGAGAAUACAAAGGUACAAUAUGAAUGGUUUCAUGCUUGACUUUUUAGAAUCAUUUCUCUCACAGCAGAAGUAUAGAAAUUUUGUUGAUGAUGACUAUUGUAUAUUUUUCAGCAAAUUCCAGCUCCCUACCUGCCCUUACUGCUCAACAACUAAAGAAACUGCGUCAUUUAACAAUAGUAUCAUUAGCUGCUAAGUCAAAGGUAAGUGAAAGGUGCUUACAAUCAUUGGUUGAGACAACAAAUAUAAUUGUAGGAAAAUAGAUUUAGCAGUCAUGAAACCUGAGCUUAUUCCUGUUUUUAGAAACAUGAAGCGCCUACAUUGUAGUACACCUGUAGGGGUAGACAUGUAUAUUGUAGCUACUCUCCCAACCUCCUUCCCUCUCCUCCCCUUCAAUGGAGAUUCUAGUACAUCACCAGGUUACACACAGUAGCAUGUUGCAGGCUCAGUAGGUGAGAGAUGGGCUGUAGUACUCCCUCAGAGUUGCUAGCGGGUAGCGCCGAUAAAUUGGUGGCAUUGUUUCAGACAAUUAUUAUAAAAAAGGAAUCCUUGUAGGCGACCACUGCAUGACAUAGAAUCUCACGCAGAGAGUGGAACAUAAGCUCACUGAACAUUGAACGCUUUGGUUAAGUGAGAGAAUGAGAUGCAGGAGAAAAAAAACUAGGAAAUCUGUGACCAUAAUUCCAUUAAGUAAAUCUGUGGACAACAAUAUCAAAAGUGAUUAUUUGUCAGAAACCUGUUCACAACACCCUUCCCAGCACCAUACAUGUAGUUUCACUUCUAGACCCCCCUCCCCCUCCCCUCUUUCCAAGAAUUAGUGAAAGCAAUGCAACACAGACAAACAACUCAGUCAAAAUGAGCCAGCAGCUGGCAAUUUUCCACUUACAGUGGACAACAUGCUACUUAUUCAUUACUUAAUAAUGGUAAGUGACAUCCUCGCAUCACAAUCAGAAGCCCUAGCUGCCGGCAACAGCAUUAAUUUUACCCUGCCUACUUCUGCAAAAGAUUUUGACCAGGCUGGACAAAUUCAAGUUUUGUAUCUAAAUGGGACAUUAAAUAAUUUUUCAAAAAAACAAAAAAAAAGCAUGUUAAGUAGUUCUUUUAAUUUUUCAGCAAUGUAAAAUUACUAUAACUAUUAUUUUUCUUAGUCUGUUUGGAAUCAUUUCCACACACUUUUCGAUUUUGUGCCUUGGUACCAUGAAAACCCAUUUGCAAAAUUCCUUUUGUUGUGUUUAUGUAAAAUAAUCAGUUAGUUAAAGUAUCAGCUUAACUUACAGGUACAUUGUAUCCGUAGGCCCCACCUCCUGGCUGGUGUUUUUAAUAGAAAGCUUUUAUGUUAAAAAUAAUAACAGAUAAACAAACAGACAAAACAAAACAAAACAAAGCAAACAAACAAACAAAACAAAACAACACACAUGCACAAAAAAAAAACAUAAUUAUGUGCCAUAAAACAUGCCCCAAGAAUACUUGUAUUUUUGGUGUCAGUUCUGGAACUAAAAUAUUUUGUCCGGUUAUUGCAGUUUAUACCUUACAGCUUGUUACUACAAGAGCUCGAUAUCAAAAAUCUAAGAGAACUAGAGGUGACGUGUCUUAUUUAAUUAUUAUUGCAGAUAAUUUCCUUCAGAUAGGAUGCCAAAAAAUAAAGUUAGAUAAUGUUGGGAAAAGUAUCUGUUAUUAUGGAUUGUGUGAAAAACAGAACCUUUGCAGCUAUGAGUGACAUGACCUUCCUUAUGUAAAAAAAAUAUAUAUAUAUAUAUGGGAUGCAUAUAUAAUUAUUAUGGGAUUCAGUAUACAUGAGUCAGGAAAUAAAAAGAGGGUGAAACCCUCGGCCAGUUUCAAGAAGACUGUGUUAUACAGCUCAUAUUUUAUAGGAUUGAGAAUGUCUGAAAAUCAUAAAAGUGAAUUUUGUAGAAAAAAUUAUUUGGCCAUCCUGACAAGGCGUGGAACAGUUUAAAGCCUGAGUGGCCAAACACACAUGGAAGAAAUACACCCUACUUAGGUGUACUUGAAGAUAUGGUAAGCAUCUUUAAAAAUUGCUUUGAGCACCUCGUGACAAAUCCUCUUCUCUAGAAUGAAGGCAUUGCAAGAGGAUGACCUUUGACCCAUGCCGUGUUAAAAGGGAUGAAGGACUUUUUCAAAAGUAUAGUAUUAACUAUCUGGUGCCUUAUGAUGGGGUAAAACUUAGUCUGAAUGCUUACAUUUGCAGGAUUUAAUAAUUGAUGCUAUUUAUGCGGAUAUUAUCCAUGGAAAGUUAGAUCAGAAAAAUAAACAGGUGAGAACUGUCAAGAGUGAUCAAUAUCUUGUUUCUCCUAAAUCUUUCACUAGUGUAUCACUAUGUUUGAGAAAAUAAUAAUAGAGAAAAUGACUCACUUGAUAGAGAUCUAGAAUUUAGAAAUUUCUAGUUUAUAUUUACCACAGAAAAAAUACAUUGUUUGUUACAUGAUAAUUGACUAUUAGAGCAUCUGAUAGCCUGUGAACAGGCCUUUGGUUGAGCAGGGAACUUUCCUUGCUAUUUUUUCCCCAAACAGAGAGCCUGUUCACAGGCCAAGCAUCUGAUCUAGAGCUUGGUGGGUCACGAGUCCCAUUCUCAACUGGACUUACAUUUUUUUUUUCUGAGCUUUCUGAUGAUUGAUUUCUCCUUUCCCUAAAUAAUAAUAAUAAUAAUAGUAAUAAUUAUGAUAAUAAUGAUAAUAUUAUUAUUAAUUAUUAUUAAUAGUAAAUAAAUAAUGUUUGUUAAUGAUAAAUACCAUGUUAUUAUUUUUUUAAUGCACUGUAAUAAUAAUAUUUUUCUGGUUGUUGAUUUCUCCUUCCUUCAACUAAUUUAUUAAUGCACCCAUCACCUGUUUUUUUUCUUUUUACAGUUAGAGGUAGAUUUUGCCAUAGGCAGGGAUAUCACACCUGAGACGGUAGACAGAGUAACAGAAGUUUUACAAGACUGGUAAGUGUAGACUCUUCCAAUUUUUUGUUCUUUUUCUUUCUUUCUUUUUUUUUUUUCAAGUUUUGAUAAAGACCCGUUAGCAAAUAUCCAUUUACACUGCUAGAAAAAGUGCCUUAAAAUAUGAAAACUUACCUGGUUUAAACGUGAUACGUACAAAGCGAGCGUGGAUAUUACUCCUCAAAGUGUCCGAAUUAUCAGUUCUAUUGAAAAGAACUGUUAUCAAAAGGGUCCUGUAACUAAUUAAUAACAGAACUAAAAAAUAAAAAAUAAGUCGAAAGGGGAAAAUGAAGUAAAAUAACCCUAAGAAAUCUAAGAGUCAAAAAUAAAAAUCUGCAAAAUCAUUGACUUAUAAGAAUGAAAAGAGUUGUGAAUUAUGGAAUACUAUUUUAAAACUCUUUUAAAUUACUUUUAAAAAGUAACCUAGAAUUUAAAUUUCUUAAAUGCUGAGGUAAAGUAUUGUAAACUAGAGCCCCUUGAAAGGCAAAACUUCUCCGUCCAAAUUCUAAUUUGGCUUUGGGGAGUUUUAGUGAACCAAAUUGUUUCUAGUGUUAAUGUUGUGUUCAAUUUUUGUAAAAUAUCCUUUAAAAGGGGUACAGACGUUAUCUUAAAGACAAUCAAACACAAGCUGGCAGGACUGUCUCUUUAUUAAACUCUCCACUGUCGAUGACUUUCUGACUUCGACGUUCAAUGCUUUCAAUUCGACUUUUACGGGAACGUGACCAAUAGAUACCCAAAGUUCCACAAUACGUAAAAACAAGUUCAAUCAUUGCUUUGUAGAUUUUCUCAGCACUCAGUUCAAGGAAUGCCAGUUUGAUUUUCAUUCUCUAUUUUUUAUUGCAGGUGUGAAGGAUGUGAGUCAGUCCUUCGUAGCAUAGAAAAACAGAUACAAAGAGCAAAUUCACACAAAGAAAAAAAGCAGAAACAGAAGAGUCAAGUCGAAGUAGAGGUAACUGCUGUGUCCUUUUAGGUUGUUUUGUACACCCUGGGUGCUAGGCUUUUAUGUGCGGUUCCUGGUCUCGGUCAAGUCUUUUAUAGUGCCUCGCGCGAAAAGCGACAAGUUUUUUCUAGUAGCUUCAGACUUCGGGCGAAGAUCUGUCACCCUCCUACUACAUUAAAGAAAACCGUCGCACGCGACAAGAAACCUCUGGUAGUCCAGGGUAAAAAAAAUGUAACAAAAGUUCUGAAUAAAGAGGCUCUUCUUUGCCACAAUUGAUAGCAGCCAACUGGUUUGCUUCUUAUCAGUCUAUUUUGGUAUCAUUUUGUAUUUGAUAUGGAUUUGUGUUAAUAUCUCUUAUAAUUUUAUUGGAGCACCUAAAUGCUCUUCCACUCUAAUUGCGUCAUUGCAUUUUCCGUUUUCCUACUGCAAGGGAAAACCAUAACAAAACUGGCAUAUUAAAUCGUCAGAAGCGGGCAACAUAUUCCAAACAGGGUCACUUUGCAGGGCGGAUCCCGGAUUAUUCUUAGGAGGGGGUGCACUCGUCUCUUGCUCUACUUCAACACCAAUAAACCACAUAGUUUUUUUUUUUUUUGGCAGAAUACCAGUUGUAUUAGAAAACCGCAGGUCAUCUCAGAGGGGGAGGGGUGGGGAGGGUGCGAACUCCCUGCACCCUCCCCCUAGAUCCGCCCCUGCAAAGUUUGGCCAGUCAAAAGUUGUUUAAAAAACAGUUGGGUCAAGCUACGGUGGUUGGGAUUCGUUGUUUUCUUCCUGUGCUGUGAUAGGUUAAUGAGGCUGCAAUCUCUAGGCUCGAUACCUGGUGUCAUUCCAUGAGCGCGCGCGAACAACUGGUAAUGGAGCUUAUGUAAUCUCUUCAAUGAUUAAUCCAUUUUUGUUAUUUUUGCUUAAGGUUGAAAAUUUGAAAAAGGUGAUCAAGGCAUCUUCUCAGUCUGAUUUGGACAGCGGAGCCGUUUCAGGAAUGCCGGCUGCUUAUCACAGUCAACAAUAUCAACAGAAAGCUCCAACUACAACUAAAACCAAAGGGUCAGUUUUAUUACUCUGCUAAUUGGGAUAUAAGAGCGCAUUGUUGGGUUCUCAACCUUUUACUAAUGGCCUCUUUAUAUAAGCGCGUCCUUGUUUGAAGGUGGUUACACUCUUUCUUUUUUUAAAGGAUGUUAAGAAUGUUUUAUAAGAAAGGGCGAAUAGACCUUUCCCGUAUUCCGCUCCAGCGAGCAAGCAUGAAGGAAUAAGGUCGAGGCUCGGGUGGACUAUUUCAUACAAAUCACUGUAUUUUUUCCACCCGAGCCUCGACUUGAUGCCUUUGUUUACAGGAAUGCGGGAAAGGUUUAUAGAUGGCGUGAGACACAGUCACUUUUCUGGUGGUCCUUGUACCAUUUUACCUGGCAAAUUUGGCCAAAAAGAAAAUAGAACACGGUUUUUCUUGUCGUUCUAGUGGGAAAUUUCCGGGAGCAACGGAACAUCUGAAGAGGAAGUCCUUUUUUUUUUUUUUUCGGAGAGAAUGUUUCAAACGGAAAUUCGUUUACCAUUUGCUAAAUCCCAUAUUUGAUACUAAUGCUUCCCCAGCCGUUUUUAUGGUAAAAGGAUCAGAUAUAUGCAAAUGGUAUUGACGAGUCUGGAAUGAAGUUUAACAGUCCUGAUUUUGUCUUACCAUUUGCCCGAUCUGUGAACCGACCGCUUUGUCAUGUAAAUGGUAAAAAACCCUUGUUUCUCGUUUCUCUUGUUAAUGAGGUAACGCUAACCAGCCCAGCCCAGCUUUUAAGAAGAGCCUUUCAGGCAUCCGCUGCCCAAAGGUGAUGUUACACGGGACGAUUUUUAGGACAACAGAGCGCUGCAAUGUUGGAACAAUGUUGUAACCAUUCGAAACAAUGUCGCAACAACGUGGCAACGCUUUGUUGCGCUAAAAGUCGUUGUUGCGAAUCGUCUCGUGUAACAUCACCUUAAAACGUACAGUAUCUUCAAACUUUAAGGUUUUGCUUCCGUCGUGAAGACUUACGUAAUAAGCCCCUUAAUUAAAAGUUAUCCCUGACAAAUAUUUUCCUUUCAGUUUUGAUGGAAAGGAAAACUGGCAUUUUUUCCUGGUUGAGGAAAACUUUGUCUAUGAACACUUGCUUUUUUACUUUGCAGAUUGCGCGGAAGCGGUAAAGUUUUUCAAGUCCGUAGAUGA